UAAAUGUUUAACUUUAAAAUUAAAGAGUAAACUUUAGAUAAAAUAGAAAUGAGGAUUAUAGAGGCCCUUAGAACAUCCACACUGGGAGGCGCUAAGGAGAGGCGCGCCUCUCCUUUCCAGUGCAUUGGCUCUAUAAGAAACACUAUAAUCUCUAUUUCCAUUUAAUCUUAUUUUCACUCUUGACUCUUCUAUUUUAAAAUUCAACAUUACAUUAAUUAAAAUAAAAAUUACAAUAACUUAAAUAACUAAGAAAAACUUUGAAAUAAAAAUUGAGAGAAUAAAUUGAGAUGUGAAGAUAGAAUCGUGUUGGAUGUAAAAAUUUGUGUGGAAAAGAUGCAGUAUAUAUAGAGAAAGGGAAGGGGAAAAAAGAAAUUAAAAAGCAAGAAAGAGUUGUUGCCUCCCAACGGUAUUAAAAAAAAUUGCUCAAACGGUCGUUUUUUAUUUUAUUUUAAAUAAAUCAUUUUUAUUUCUCAACACGUGCUCCACAAUUUUGCCCUCCGUGCCCUGCACUAGCAGAAGCGCCCAGCACAAGCCAAUGAGGCGCUCCAGCGCGGCAUGCCUCCACCCCUGCCGGCUUGAUCCGACGCUAAGGGGUUGGAGUUGUGGAUACUUUUAUAGAGUCAAUGCAUUGUAGAGGGGCUCUAAGGUGGGGAUCAUCUUAUAGAGUCCCUAUUGGAGAUGCUCUUGUGUGCUCUUCCAUUUUUAUUCAAUUUACAAUUUCUCCCUAAUUUUUGUGUCGAAAAGAAGUGAGUCAUGUUUAGUUGGAGGGGAAGAGUAUUAUAUUGGACUUUCAAUAUUGGGAUAUUAAUUUAAGAGUUAUUAACGCCUAAAUACACCAUCUUUGAGGGUAAUUUAGUUUUGCCAUGAACUUUGAAAAUUGUAAAAAGUACAUGAAUUUUAAUAUUGUAGCAAUUUUGCCACAAAUUUAAUUUAUGCUCAAAUUAAAGUUGAGGUGACAAGUCAAAAUAUCGACGUGUGCUCAUCAGACAUUUUAAAAAAUGACAUUGUAUAAGACAUCUCUAAAAGAUAUCGUAUAAGACAUCUCUAAACUUGUAAAUCAUAAGAUUUUUUUAUAAAAUUCGAAUAUCUAUAAUUUGAAUUUAUGAUAAAAUUACUAUAACAUUAAAAAUUUGUAUAUUUUUCUAACUCCUUUUAAAAUUCAUGUACAAAUCAAACUACCUCCAAAUUUUGGCUAAUUAGGCUCUAAUAACCCUCCAAAUUUAUGAAAGUAAAUAAAUAACGAGGUAUAUAAGAAGUCUUUACUCUUCAGGCGACUCCGCCUGCAGCAGGGAAAUUUGAAGCCGCUGAUAUGGAGAAGAAGAGCCAACAAUCUAAAAGGCAAUCAACAAACGGUAUCACUUUGGUUGACAUAUGGAGUGUGCAGUGCGGGGAAUGUUUCAAGUGGAGGCUGAUUCCUACUGAGGAAGAGUUUGAAGAAAUCAGAAGCAAAUUCACAAAAGACCCUUUUGUUUGCAGCAAGAAACCUGGCGUUUCCUGCGAUGAUCCAGCUGAUAUAGAGCGCGAUGACACCCGGACUUGGGUCAUUCACAAGCCCGGCAUUCCAAAAACUCCUUCGGGAUUCAAGAGGAGGUUGGUAAUGCGGAAGGAUUUCUCCAAAAUGGACUGCUAUUAUGACGCCGCCAACGGCAAGAGAUUGAGGGCCUCAACUGAUGUUCUCAAGUUCUUGGAUAAGUUUCCCAAGUUCAAAAAUGAUGUUUCACUCGCUGAUUUCAGUUUCACAGGGCCAAAGAUUAUGUAGGAAUAUGUUCUAGCUGAUGUAGGAGAUGAGGUACGAUUUAACAAGGAAACCUAGGUUGACAUCAACGCACUUAUUUUUUCUGGUUAAGCUGAAAUUUUGUUUUCUUUUUGCAGUGGUUUUCUUUUAGGAUCAAGUUUCUUUGUUCAUAGUUUGAGAGAGAAUUGAUCCAUGUGCAAAAUUAAAUUCUCAACUCGAGUUCUUUCUCCCA